AUGCCUUCGCGCGCUUUUCUCUCUGCAGUGAAAGAUUCUGUGUCGUCUGAUCACAUGCGUUGGUUCAGCUGGCGUGUCCGCACUUCCGAAGCUGAUGAGGUGGCUUUUGCGGAGAGGCGCCGGCCUCGCACGGACUCUCAAAUGUUGGCGUCGCUCUUGGCGCCCAGUGCCGAGGAGGAAUUCUUGAUUGACAUCCCCAUGCAGGCACCUGUGGAGUCGGUCGUUCGCAAGUUCUUUGAUCGCCUUUGCGUCGCCUUGGCUAUGUUGGAUGCGUGUCACCUGCUUCCGCUUUGCAAGCUGAUGGAAAAGUUCGUCGGUCUUGCAACGAUGGGCAUGGAAGCGGGUCGCUCCUUGUGGCUGGCGAUCGGGUCUUUGCAACAAGACUACCAAUGGUCUCUGACAGACUGCGCUGGGUCCGCAUCGGACCAGCCCACUCAAGUUCUCAGUCUCCUGGAGGAAGAGCUUCGUGAAGGUUGA